AUGUCACGACUUCAUCGUCAAAACCGGUUUGCCGAUACUUUCAUAAAAAAUAUUGGAAAUCCAGAAAUCCAGGGGAACAGUAACAUGCAUUUAUUACGAUCUGCUAAUUUGGCACCAAAUUCUGACGUUCAUCCUUUAUUACUUACCUCUCAAUCUGACGCUGCAAAAGUGCGUUAUCCUGGUGAAACGGCUGUGUAUAGGUCUAAUAAUUCUCAACAUGGAAUGCAAUUAUUGACUAUGCCGGAAAAUGGCGUUAAGACUAUCGUACAGCUGUUUCAACAUGGAUUGGACGAGGACGGGGGAAACGAUUGUUUAGGUUUCAGGGAUACUAAUGGCACAUAUACUUGGCAAUCAUAUCGACAAAUAUCUGAGAGAAUAACAAAUUUUGGAUCGGGUUUGAUUAAAUUUACUGGCUUAAAUCCUAAAUCGCAUGAUAAGUUCGGUAUUUUCAUGAAAAAUUGUCCAGAAUGGGUGAUUUCGGAUUUGGCUGCCUGUCAUUAUAGCUUGAUUACAGUAGCACUGCCUAGUAUUCAUCCUCGUAUCAACGAUGCCAUCAAUCAGAUUAACCUUACUGAAAUUAGUGUCAUCGUGGCAUCCAAAGAUACUUUGCCUAUUGUAUUUUCAGUAGGAGUUCGUGGUAAUGAUUGUGUAGUUCUCGGUGUCGAGAAAAAAUCA